CAUUCUCGAAAAUUCCGCCCGGUUGAAGGAAAAUGUUUGCUUUGAUAAUCACAGGACGCCUGCCACAGACAGAUUUUGUGCCCGUGGCUGAGAACAAGUUGCUCAUAAAUGUGCCGGACAUCGAGUCUGUUAAUUACAUAGUCGUCUUCUUGACGGGCACCACUCCGCUACCUAUAGGCACCUCGGCGGCCAUAUAUUUCAGUUGGCCAGACGCGUGUGCGGCUCCCACCUGGCAGUACUUGGGCCACAUAGGCAACAACAAACCCUCGGCGAUAUUCAAGAUAGCCCAGCUGAAGAAGGGCCACGAGCUGGGGACGCAGGCGAACGGCAUGGUCUUCGGCACCCAGGAGAUCUCACACAUAGCGCAGAUCGGCAUCAGCAUAGAGCCGGAGCUGGCGGUGGCGCAGCAAACUCCUGCAGUGUCCAACGCCAACGAUAAUAAGCACUUCGGCCAGCGCAUGGUGGAGAACUUCUUCAAUUACGUCUCCAGCUAUUGUGUCUCCCCACAAGACAUCCCGCCUGCCGCGACCGAGUCCUUUGUGCCUUUCUACGUGGUGAAAAACUGGUACGCAAACUUUCAACGUCGAAUGGAUCAGAACCCCAACUUCUUGAAAUAAUAACAGCACACCCAAGUACCGCUAAGUGCCCUCCACCCUCUUAUUUUAUAGAUAUUGCAAAUAAAUUUGUAUAUAUAUUCUUUCA